AUAACAGCGACUAGCACGGACGAGCGGCGCUCAGUUCUUUGAGGGUAGUUAGUUGGACAACGGCGUUGCCGAAAACGGGCCACCUCAGUUGCCGCACAACCAAUUUUUGGCCAUGUACAUAAAACAAAACCAAACCGGUUAAAAUCAAACACAAAAUGCAAUUAGCCAACUACAGAGGGCCACUAACAAGCACCGCAGAAGUCAACAAACUAACUAAAAAGUGCCAUCAACUAAAUUAGUGCAAGCAGCCAACAGCAGGCAGCAGGCAGCCGAAGGAGACAGGUAGGAGAGGGCCAGACGGAAACGGAAAUGCCCAUUGAGCCGACAACGCCACCGCCUGACGACUGCAACAACAGCAAUAUAAGUAACGAUACAACACUGCCCCCCACACUCACACAUGUAGCUUCUCUGUGAGUCAGUGCAUUCGGUGUGUGUGUGUGUGUGUGUGCGUGCGCGCGUGUGAGUGAGCCAACAAAUUGUUGCGGCUAAUAGAACAGGAAGCGAAGGAGGAGGAGCAGCAGCAGCAGCAGCAGCAGGAGGAUAAGCAAUUUUCAUACGCCCCCAGUUCGUCAGCGAAAAUCAUUCAAAAUUCAUCGUCUAAACAAAACGGAUGCAGCGCGCACAAGAGAAAGAAUUUAAAUCGCAAAUAGAAUCAAUCAAUCAAAACCGUGCAUAUCAACCGAGAGAAAACAGAAACCAGAGAACCAUAAUCAAAGUUCUUCGUUGCAUUUAACGGACACCAAGGAUAUAGAUACUUGUGUCUCUGCCUCAGCCCCUAGCACUCUCUGGCACGGCACUCUCUGGCACUCUCUCUCGCCGACUACCGAAUCGCCUGUGAGUGUGAGUGUGUGCGUGCUACGGGUCAUUGCAUGCCGCGGAUGAGCCGCGGAUUAUGUCACGUGACGAAUAUAAUCCAGUGAAUAGCUCUGGUGUGCGCAGUCCGGGUCGCGUGCGGCGGCUCCAGGAAUUGCCAACUGUCGAUCGGUCACCAUCACGGGAUUACGGCGCCCCACGCGGAAGUCCUCUAGCAAUGGGCAGUCCAUACUACCGCGACAUGGAUGAGCCAACCAGUCCCGCCGGAGCGGGCCACCAUCGCAGCCGGAGCGCCAGCAGACCACCGAUGGCCCAUGCCAUGGACUAUCCAAGAACCCGCUAUCAGUCGCUGGAUCGCGGGGGCCUCGUCGAUCCGCACGAUCGGGAGUUCAUACCUAUACGCGAGCCCCGCGAUCGUUCGCGGGACAGAUCGCUGGAGCGCGGCCUCUACCUAGAGGACGAGCUCUAUGGGCGGUCGGCACGCCAGAGUCCCAGUGCCAUGGGCGGCUACAAUACGGGCAUGGGGCCCACCUCGGACCGCGCCUAUCUGGGGGAUCUGCAGCACCAGAACACCGAUCUGCAGCGGGAGCUGGGCAACCUCAAGCGGGAGCUGGAGCUGACCAACCAGAAGCUGGGCAGCUCGAUGCACAGCAUCAAGACGUUCUGGUCGCCGGAGCUUAAGAAGGAGCGGGCCCUGCGCAAGGAGGAGAGCGCCAAGUACAGUCUGAUCAACGAUCAGUUGAAGCUGCUCAGCACAGAGAAUCAGAAACAAGCUAUGUUGGUGCGCCAGCUGGAGGAGGAGCUUCGUCUAAGGAUGCGACAGCCCAACCUGGAGAUGCAGCAGCAAAUGGAGGCCAUCUAUGCGGAGAACGAUCAUCUGCAGCGAGAGAUCAGCAUCUUGCGGGAGACGAUCAAGGAUCUGGAGUGCCGGGUCGAGACCCAGAAGCAGACUCUGAUUGCCCGCGACGAGAGCAUCAAGAAGCUGCUGGAAAUGCUGCAGGCCAAGGGAAUGGGCAAAGAGGAGGAGCGCCAGAUGUUCCAGCAGAUGCAGGCCAUGGCCCAGAAGCAGAUGUACAAUAACUACACGGGCAUCAGCGGAUGCAGCCCCCCACUGCCAGACAUUAUCGGACAAUAUUACGGCCCGCCUGCGCACGCAUACGGCCCUGGCCCCGUCCCGGGAAACGGCUAUGGUAACGCGUACGAUCUGUACGGACCCUCUACAUCGUCGGGAGGAUAUUUAUAUGACCCGGGCGCAGCUGCUGCUGCAGCGGCCGCUGCCCAGAUCUACGGCCAGAGCCAGACCUCGCCCAUACGCCGGAGGCGCUACAGUAUCGCCGGACUGCCCUCGGCCACCAUGUAUAACGACGUAUACGGCUACCCGGCCCCGCCCCAGCACCAGACGAGCUCCUCGAACAUCGUUAACCUGCUGAACGAGGCCCACAAGUCGAUAUCGCGCUCCUCCCAGAUACUCAAUCUCACAAACCAGGCGCGCCAGUUGGGCCAACUGGUGACCACUCCCCUCGGGGUGGGCGGUGUCGGAGGCGGCCGGGUAGUUUCCAGCUACCCCACCCUGCACCCUGGCGAUACCUCGCCCCCGUAUCUCAACGACAAUCUGCUGCAAAUGUCCACGAGCUUCUCCUCCCAACCGAACAUGUACUUCCAACCGCAGCCGCAGCAGGUGCCGCUCCCCACGCAGCUGACGGCCGCCCAGAGCGCCGCUGCAGCGGCUGCGCGCCUGAGGCCCGCGUAUUCCGUCACCAACCUGAUGUCGGGAUAUCCGGGCUCUGCCGGCCAGGGCAUGGGAAUGGGAAUGGGAAUGGGACUCGGAUUGGGGGGCUGCAAGUAUGGGAUGACGGGCUACGCGAAUCCCUAUCAGAGUGAGAUGCAGCCCUCCUCCGGCUACGGAGGACUUGGACUGGGCCUGGGACCGUUCCAGCAGCGGCAGCUCAUGUCACACUCCCUGCACGCCUCCAACCCCGCCAUCUCGCAGUACUAUCAGCAGCAGCACCAGCCGUCGGCCAGCUCCGCCGCGGCCCUGGCCUACAAUCUGCAGCAGCAGUUCGCCGGAAGCCAUCAUUACGGGAGCGGGGGACAGCCGCCGCUGGGACACUCGCACAUCCAGGCCUCGGUGCAGCAGCAGAUGCAUCCGCAGUACCAGUACCAUGUGCACCAGCACCAGAACCACCUUCAGACCCACCCCCUGGCGUCGCUAGCCAACACGAGUGGAACGUUCGGAGGCACUCUGGCCAGCAGUGCCAGGGACGCGGUCGCCGGAGGCGCCUACGAGGGACUGCAUCACUCGCAUCCGCAUCACUCGCAUUCGCAUCUGCAUCCGCACUCGCAUCACCAUCACUCGGCAUACCCGCACUCGCAUUCGCACCAUCAGCAGCAGCCGCAUCAUCACCACCAUCUGCCAUACUCAAAACUAGACUUAGAUUAUCCGAAACUGCCGCAAGAGCAUAAGCGACAAUUGGACGAAUUUCGUCUUGAAAUACAAAGAAGGGAUCAAGAGAUCCUGGCGAUGGCGGCCAAAAUGAAAACACUGGAGGAGCAGCAUCAGGACUAUCAGCGGCACAUAGCCGUGCUCAAGGAGUCGCUAUGUGCCAAAGAGGAGCACUACAACAUGCUGCAUUCGGACGUGGAGGAGAUGCGGGCCCGCCUCGAGGAGAAGAACCGCCUGAUCGAGAAGAAGACCCAGGGCACCCUACAAACGGUGCAGGAGCGCAACCGUCUCACCAGCGAGCUGACCGAACUUAAGGAUCAUAUGGACAUCAAGGAUCGCAAGAUCAGUGUGCUGCAGCGCAAGAUCGAGAACCUGGAGGAUCUGCUCAAGGAGAAGGACAACCAGGUGGACAUGGCGCGAGCCCGCCUGUCAGCCAUGCAGGCCCACCACAGCAGCUCCGAAGGUGCUCUGACCAGCCUCGAGGAAGCCAUCGGCGACAAGGAGAAGCAGAUGGCCCAGCUGCGCGAUCAGCGCGAUCGGGCCGAGCACGAGAAGCAGGAGGAGCGCGAUCUGCACGAGCGUGAGGUGGCUGACUACAAAAUCAAGUUGCGCGCCGCCGAGAGCGACGUUGAGAAGCUGCAGACCCGCCUGGAGCGGGCCGUCAACGAGCGCGAGAGGCUCGAGAUCAAGUUGGAGGCUUCCCAGAGCGAGCUGGGCAAGUCGAAGGCGGAGCUCGAGAAGGCCACCUGCGAGAUGGGACGAAGCAGCGCCGACUGGGAGUCCACCAAGCAACGGAUCGCCCGCCUCGAACUGGAGAACGAGCGGCUGAAACACGAUCUGGAGCGUUCCCAGAAUGUACAAAAGUUAAUGUUCGAAACGGGCAAGAUAUCGACAUCAUUUGGCAGGACCACGAUGACCACGUCCCAGGAGCUGGACCGGGCCACGGAGCGGGCCGACAAGGCGGCCGCCGAGCUGCGACGCACCCAAGCAGAGCUGAGAGUCACACAGGGCGAAACUGAAAAACGUUUUUCGGAUGCGGAACGGGCACGUGAAGAGGGCGCUGCCCUGCAGGAGAAGCUGGAAAAGAGUCAGGGCGAGGUCUAUCGGCUGAAGGCGAAGCUGGAAAACGCGCAGGGCGAACAGGAGAGUCUGCGCCAGGAGCUGGAGAAGGCGCAGAGCGGCGUCUCGCGCAUCCAUGCCGAUCGCGACCGGGCCUUCUCCGAGGUUGAAAAGAUCAAGGAGGAGAUGGAGCGCACCCAGGCCACGCUGGGCAAAGCGCAGCUCCAGCAUGAGAAGCUGCAGAACUCGCUGGACAAGGCCCAGAACGAGGUCGACCACCUGCAGGACAAGCUGGACAAAGCGUGCACCGAGAACCGACGCCUGGUGCUCGAGAAGGAGAAGCUCACCUACGACUACGACAACCUCCAAUCGCAGCUGGACAAGGCUCUGGGACAGGCGGCGCGCAUGCAGAAGGAGCGCGAGACCCUCACCCUAGACACUGAUCGCAUCCGGGAGAAAUUGGAGAAGACUCAGAUGCAUCUGGCGCGCAUCCAGAAAGAGCGGGAUCAAUUCUCAGACGAGCUGGAAACGCUCAAGGAGCGCUCGGAGUCCUCGCAGACGCUUCUCAUGAAGGCGGCUCGCGAUCGGGAGGCGAUGCAAACGGAUCUGGAGGUGCUAAAGGAGCGCUACGAGAAGUCGCAUGCCAUACAGCAGAAACUCCAGAUGGAGCGGGACGAUGCCGUGACCGAGGUGGAGAUACUCAAGGAGAAGCUGGACAAGGCCCUAUACGCCAGCCAGAAGCUGAUCGACGAGAAGGACACCUCCAACAAGGAGUUCGAGAAGAUGCUGGAGAAGUACGAUCGCGCCCAGAACGAGAUCUACCGCCUGCAAUCUCGCUGCGACACCGCCGAGGCUGAUCGCGCCCGCCUGGAGGUGGAGGCGGAACGAUCGGGCCUAGCCGCCAGCAAGGCCCGUGAGGAUCUGCGCAAACUCCAAGACGAGAGCACGCGGCUCCAGGAGGCCUGCGAUCGUGCGGCACUGCAGCUGAGCCGGGCCAAGGAGUGCGAGGACAAUGCCCGCAGCGAGCUGGAGCACCACCGAGAUCGCUUCGACAAGAUGCAGACGGACAUCCGCCGUGCCCAGGGCGAGAAGGAGCACUUCCAGUCGGAGCUGGAGCGCGUCACCUACGAGCUGGAGCGGGCGCAUGCCGCCCAGACCAAGGCGGGAGCCAGCGUGGAGGCUGCCAAAGAGGAGGCCGCCCACUACGCGGUCGAGCUGGAGAAAAUGCGCGACCGAUACGAGAAGAGCCAGGUGGAGCUGCGCAAGCUCCAGGACGUGGACACCUUUGGGCGGGAGACGCGCCGCCUCAAGGAGGAGAACGAGCGGCUGCGCGAAAAGCUGGACAAGACGCUCAUGGAGCUGGAGACGAUCCGCGGCAAGUCGCAGUACGAGUCGGAGUCGUUCGAGAAGUACAAGGACAAGUACGAGAAGAUCGAGAACGAGAUCCAGAACAUGGAGUCGAAGCUGCACGAGACCAGCCUGCAGCUGGAGCUCUCCAAGGGAGAGGUGGCCAAGCUGCUGGCCAAUCAGGACAAACAGCGCUCGGAGCUGGAGCGGGCUCACAUCGAGCGCGAGAAGGCGCGGGACAAGCACGAGAAGCUGCUGAAGGAGGUCGAUCGUUUGCGCCUACAACAGUCCUCGGUGAGCCCCGGCGAUCCGGUUCGCUCCUCCGCCUCCACCUCGGGGUUGUCGGCGGGCGAGCGGCAAGAGAUCGACCGGCUGCGCGAUCGCCUCGAGAAGGCGUUGCAGUCGCGCGAUGCCACCGAACUGGAGGCCGGUCGCCUAGCCAAGGAACUGGAGAAGGCGCAAAUGCAUCUGGCCAAGCAGCAGGAGAACACCGAGUCCACGCGCAUCGAGUUCGAGCGCAUGGGCGCGGAGCUGGGACGCCUCCACGACCGCCUCGAGAAGUCCGAGUCAGAGAAGGAGUCGCUGCGCCAGGCCAGCCGCAGCGCAGGCGCAGGCCCAGGGGCAGCCGGAGGUGCUGCCCUUCCCCAGCUGGAGAAGCACGUGCAGAAGCUGGAGACCGACAUCAAGCAACUGGCCAUGGAGCGGGAGCAGCUCGUCCUGCAGCUGGAAAAGAGCCAGGAGAUCCUCAUGAACUUCCAGAAGGAGCUACAGAACGCCGAGGCGGAGCUGCAAAAGACGCGCGAGGAGAACCGGAAGCUGCGGAACGGCCAGCAAGUGCCAGCGGCAGCCCCCGCCGAAAUUCAGGCCAUGCAGAAGGAGAUCCAAGCGCUCCAGCAGAAGCUGCAGGAGUCGGAGCGAGCUCUGUCCGCGGCAGGACCUCAGCAGGCGGCGGCGGCAACAGCGGCGGCGGGCGCCCGCCCCGAAGAGAUCGAGCAGUGGCGCAAGGUCAUCGAGCAGGAGAAAGGACGCGCCGACAUGGCCGACAAGGCCGCCCAGGAAAUGCACAAGCGCAUCCAGUUAAUGGACCAACACAUCAAGGAUCAGCACGCCCAGAUGCAGAAGAUGCAGCAGCAGAUGCAGCAACAGGCGGCACAGCAGCAGCAGUCAGCGGCAGGUGCCGCAGCCGGAGCCGGUGUCGAUGCAAAGGAGCUGGAGAAGGUCCGAACCGAGCUGCAAGCGGCCUGCACCGAGAGGGAUCGUUUCCAACAGCAGCUAGAACUGUUGGUCCAGGAACUCGAAAAGAGUCAGCUCUCGAAUCAGGAGCAGGCCAAGCAAUUACAGACCUCCCAGCAGCAAGUGCAGCAGUUGCAGCAACAGAUCCAGACGCUGCAACAGCAGAUGCAGCAGCUGCAGCAGGCUGGCAGUGCGGGAGCUGCCGCCACGGAUGUGCAGCGCCAGCAGCUCGAGCAGCAGCAGAAGCAGCUGGAGGAGGUGCGCAGGCAGAUCGACAACCAGGCCAAGGCCACCGAGGGCGAGCGGAAGAUCAUCGACGAGCAGCGCAAGCAGAUCGAGGCCAAGCGCAAGGACAUCGAGGACAAGGAGAAGAAGAUGUCCGACUUCGAUGUGCAGCUCCGCAAGCGCAAGGAGCAGAUGGACCAGCUGGAGAAAUCCCUUCAGACUCAGGGAGGCGGCGCGGCGGCGGCGGGCGAGCUCAACAAGAAGCUCAUGGACACGCAACGGCAACUGGAAGCGUGCGUGAAAGAGCUGCAGAACACAAAGGAGGAGCACAAGAAAGCGGCAACCGAAACGGAGCGUUUGCUGCAAUUGGUACAAAUGUCGCAGGAGGAGCAGAAUGCCAAGGAGAAGACCAUCAUGGAUUUGCAACAAGCCUUAAAGAUCGCUCAAGCCAAAGUCAAACAAGCACAAACGCAACAACAGCAGCAGCAGGAUGCUGGACCAGCUGGCUUCUUGAAGAGCUUUUUCUAAACAGUUCCCGCAAGCGAGAAAAACAAGCCCCACACACACACAGCUACAUAUGCAGAUGCAGAUAUUUACC